AGCCUGGCUCCUGUCUGUCGGUCAUCGCAUCAGUGUGAAGCAUUUCAUCCAUCAGUCAUGAGUGAUCGUGCAUAAUGCCAUGGUGUCUGUCAAAACCCAUGAAGGACAUGUCACCUGACUCCUGCAUGUGUGAAUGAAUGAACAGACAAUCCGCGAGAUUCAAUCGAUGCAGCUGCGAAUAUCCGUGCGGGUGAGGUGACCUGUGCGUGCGUGCGAAUGCUCGUAUGUACAUACAGCAGCAAACCCAUCCAUCCAGCCAUGCCGAAAAUAGCGCUAGCAGCAGCAAUACGUGUAAUUGCGGAAAAGAGCAAGUGCAAGGAGAGAGAGGGAGGACCAGCUAACAGCUGGCGUAGCGCAGCGUAGCGUUAGGCAACACACACGAGCAAAGAGGCAGGCAGAAAGGCAGAAAGGCUGGCCUGCUGAUCGGUCGAUCGAUGGAAAACACAGCCAGCCAGCCAGCCAGCUGUACACGCGUCCGCGCCGAGGCAAUGGAAUGCAAUGCCUGGGUGCCACACAGGGCCGAGGGUGCCCAGGUGACGCGCUUGGAAUGAGAGCAAAGAAGUAGGGGAAGCAAGCAGGGUCGGGCGGAUCACACCCAUUUGUAGAAGAGGACAUUUGCGAUGGCCAAGACGACACCCAAAUCCAAACCCGAGUGGGCAGCAGUCGCCGUCAAUAUGCCGAGACUGAGCCAAUACACACACAUACACACACACCAUUGCCAGUCGCUUGAUGAGGGCGUGUGGUUGGGUGGGCAAGUGGCGUACCUUUUGGUGUUUCUGCAUAUGAUGAGCAGCCGGCCGAACAUGGUGAGGAAGACGAAGGCCAAGGCGGCGUACAGCGUGUUGACGAGAUGGUAGACGACAACCACGUGAUACGUACCAUAAAACAUCGACACAACCAUCUUCCCAACCUCACUCAGACGCACAUCUGACAGACAGUCAGACAGACAGACAGACCCGUAAGCUUUAUCCGCCCUCCCCGCCUCUCUGUUGUGCAUGACUGCGUACCAUGAAAUGUCCCGGCCGAGUCGUGGCAUGUAGCGCCCCCUUCUACGUCCCGGUGUGAAGUGGGCGACACAUCGAUGGCCACACCGUCGGCCGCUGCGUUGCCCACGGGCUGCCGGGGGGAGGGGGACUCGGCCGUCGCCACUCUGUCCCUCAGAGGGAGAAACUCACCCUCAUCGAGCGCAAAGAGACGACCGCCCAGCUCCUGCAUGAAUGGAGGUGUGUGUGUAUGUGGGUGGGCUUGGGAGGGAUGGGAAAAAUUGCAUGUGUGCUGUGCUGACCCUGUAUAGCACCAGUCGCCAGAAGAAUUCCUCAAAUACUGGGUUGACGAUGGUGAAGUACAUGCCGACGAGCCAUGCAUUGGUCUCGCUGUAGUUGAAGCCCUCCUGGAUGAUGUUCUUAGGGCGCAAGGGCAUACACAACCACGGAAAGAUCCCGCCGCACUUGAGCACCGCAUAACCUGACACACACACCCGCACCAGCACGUAUGCAGCGAUUCGUGAGAGCGCUGAAUGUGUGUCUGCUGACCGAUGAAGCACGCCCCGACCAUGACGCAAAAGGCGACAAUGGACCAGCCGAGCUGCUCCGGCCACCUGACCGACACGCAACACCAACACCACAUCAUUUGCAACUGAGUGAGACCCUCUUGUGGAGUGUGUGCACGUCUGUGCGUGUGUGUGUGUGUGUGUGUCCCUCACCCACCUCUCGAGCUGUGACUUCAUGAGUCCAUUAUAGUAUGGCCACGCAGAGGUGAACGUGAUGAACAGCGCCGUGAGCAGACCCAUGCACACCCAAUGCAUCAUGACCAAUGCUGCAAUAAUAAGGACACACACACAAACACACGCACAGACGCAUUGCAAUGGGUGUGAGAUGGCAAUCAGUGGACGGGCGGAUGGUCUCAUCGCUCACCGAGCACGACCUGGUGGAGGCCGGUGAUGCAGAUGACCAUCGUGAGUGUGGGCGCGGCGCCCAGCAGCACGACGAUGAAUAUGGUGCCCCAUCCUUGCCACCCGUCCUGGUCAGCCGCCAACGAAGUCAUCCAGAAACCCCCGUCACCGCUGCCGUCUACUCUUGCUCAUUGGAAUCGCUCAAAUCGGGCAGGCAUGCGUGUGUACGUGAUUACACCACGUCAAUGGCCGCUGCGGAGGCGUGUUUCCC